AUUUUGUCAUCGUCCGUUGCAGGCAGCAGUUGAAAAUUGGAAGAAACUUUUGGAGCAACUAAAACUGGUUAAGAAAGUGAAAACAAAAGUGAAAAGUGACUUGGAAUAUUGCCAAAAUUAAACAAUACACACACGAGGCACGAGUGUGGGUGUGUGCGACUGUGUGUGAGUGUGAUUGUGUGAGUGCAUAUGUGAGUGUUUUGUUGCAGUUUUGAGCCAAAGUGAAAUUCUAUUUUGGCUAAGAGAGACUGUUGUGUUCUUGUUGUUGUUGUUGUCGCAAGUGCUGUAACUGGCAUUGAGCGACGGCAACUGGAAAGUGCAACUUGUAAGCGGUUUAAAGACGCAGUCCAAGUAUAAAGCUGAAAAUAAAUUACAAAAGAAAAAACGAAAACAAAACAAAUAUUUUAUUUAAUGCUUGUUCAAUGGCAAAACAAUUUACUCGCGUGCUGUGAAGUGAGCUCAGCAUAAGUUUUUCAAGUGUUUUAUUCCACUGGCUCGGCUCAAUGUCAGCCAAUUGAUUGACGCAUUUGCUCGUCUCGUGUGCAACCGACAACAACUACAACAGCAGCAAACAAACCACAACAAGAACAACCGCAACGGGAAAAACAGUUAUCAACUUUUUGGCCAACAUGUGGAGUUGGCAACGUAUGCGCCAUAAGCCACUCUGGGCUCUCAUAUCCUUGACCAUCCUUCUUCUGGUGCUAGACAAGAGCCAGGCGAACACGGAGGCGCCACCCGUUGAGGCCACGACCACAAUGGAGCCAGAUGCCUCGCCGGGUUGCAGAGCGCCGGAUGUGCGCUUCACGAUUGUCAAACCGGAAAUCACAACGGAGCAGCCGUAUGCGAAGUUCGAGACAACACAGGUCUAUCUGCCGGAGGACUUUACCACCGCCGAUGUGGAGUUUGUGGAUAAACAGCAUGCGGCCAAAGAGAAUCAUGCGGCCUUUGUCAAUCCCUAUGCGGUGGACUUUGCCGAUGAUGCACAUCAGCAUCAUCAUGGUGGCAUGCUGCAUGCCAGCGAUGCGGCCGCCAGUCUUGUGGAUGACACCGAUAUGGCCGACGCUGAGGAUGAGCUGCAUGGCGCCGAGCUCGAGGAGGGCGCCUACAAGCGACUCAAUGCGAACAAUGCCGGCAAUCGCAGGCAGGGCAAAAAGCGACGUUCCGGCUCCGGACGUCGACGUCGACUGGAGAAUGACAAUGGACAGACCGGACGUGUGCGUGGCGGAGGCAGUCGCUAUAAGCGCCAUGCCAUACUCCAUGAUGAGGAGGCCUCAGCGGACACGGAUCGUUGGGCCGGCAGCAAGCUGGCAGCCGAUGGUGAUGUCUACUAUGUGCACAUUGCUGAUAUACUCAAGUCCAGGGAACCGAACCGUCAGCUGCGUGCCAAGCUGCACAAACUGAAGAUGAAGUCGCGCCUGAACAAAUGCUUGGCCGGCAAUGCGAGCGAGAAGUGCCAGAAGCUGUUGCAGAAGCUGCAGAAGCAGAAGCAAUCGAAUGCAGUGGAACCCGAAGAACAACAGCAGCAGCCAAUGGAAAGGGAAGAGACAGAGACGGAGACGAAGACGGUAAAGGAGAGAGAGAAGGAGCAUCAUCGUCGACGCGGUGACAGUCACGCUGCAGAGCUCGACCAGCGUGACAUGGAACCGCGUUGGCGUCGCCGUCGCCGCAAUGCAGCCAAGGGCGAUGAGGGCGCAUUGCCGGAGGAGCCGCUGGAGGAGAUUGGAAAUCAGUCGAGCAGUGCAGCAGUGGCCCUGCAACGUGUAAAGCGCAAGUCGGGCAAGACCACGGGUGCACUGAGCCGUCCGAAAGGUGGUAGCGAUUCCAGCUCAAAGACCACCAGCCGCAAGGACAAGGGCAUCUACGAUGAGGAGACCGGCUAUUCGCCCGUGCACACCGAAGACUCUGAAGACGAUGAGGAAGACGAUGAGGAGGAAGAGAUCGAUAUAUUGCAACAGUUCACCGAAGUGUCCGAGAUACGUUUCCCUGGCGAAAUUGGGCCCAUGGGCGAUCGACGCUUGUGCAAGAUACGUUGUGUCAAGGGCAAGUGGGUGGGACCAUUGUGUGCCACCAACGAGGAGGAUGACAACGGCAACGUGAAGUUUCAGCCGCUGUAUAAGAGCUGCCAUGUCAAUCGCAUUCCGACUCAUCUGCUGCUCAGCUAUCGCAACAUCUCCGUGACACCGAUACCACCAAAUCGCGGCUGGCGUAAAACGCGCUUAUCCAAAUCGACACUUGUCUCAAACACAGAAAUUAACGUUGGCUGGGAUCUGCCACAUGGCCACUCGCUGCAGGCACGCUGCCAGGAGCUGGGCAUCUACAAGCUGCUGGGCGAGUCGCGUGUGCUCUGCUCGAAUGGAUUAUGGGCGCCACGCAUGCCCAGCUGUGUGCCGACCACCGUGCUGACCAACUACUCUGAAGACAGUGCUCCCUCCAUCCGUGUCAAGGUCUUCAAUGGCUCCUACUCCUUUGAGCCCUCCGGUGUGAUGGCUGUUCCCCCGCACAGCACCGUGCAAAUGGAUUGCAUGUAUCCACGUGUGCGGGGCACACCUGAAUGGAGCUGGACCAGCUGGUAUAUGCAGUACAGCACAGGCUGGUCGCCGGCUGGGGAAGAGAAGGCAGUGCGUUAUCGGUUGAGCAUCAAGAAUAUCGAGAAUAAUGAUUCGGGCACGUUUACAUGCACCUCGCCGCGCGGUUUGACCAACAGCAUUGCCGUGGUGGUGGCCACUUCGACAUGCCCGCAGCUAAUGGAACCCAUGGCGCCGCUCAGGCUGAGACUCGAGGGCAAUAAGUUGGGCCAGCGAGCGCACUAUGAGUGCCCCGAGGGCUUUAGGCUGGAUGGCGCAUGGAAUGCCACCUGCCUGGCCUCGGGCAAUUGGUCAUCGCCAUCGCCGACAUGCCAUCCCAUUCAAUGUCCCCGUCUCGUCCUUGACGAUCCGCAUCUCAGUCUCAUUGAGCUCAAUACAUCGGCAUGGGGGCGGGCGGUGUUCAAAUGCCAAUGGGGAUUCAAGCUGACCGGACCGGCGCUGCUGGACUGUGAGCCGACGGGUAUCUGGAGUGGCCCAGUGCCACGCUGCAAAGUCAUCCAGUGCGUGAUGCCAGUUGCGCCGCUCAAUGGACGCAUUGGGGGCACGAGCCUGAGCCAACGGCGUCUGACUGUUGGCGCUCUGGUCACAUUCAGCUGCAACGAUGGCCACACUCUGGUCGGCGAGUCGAGCAUCAUAUGCACGGAGAACGGGUUCUGGUCGCACUCGCCACCAUUUUGCAAAUCGCAAUGCCCCUAUCCGGGCGAUCCGCCCAAUGGCCUGAUCGCUCCACUCAAGUUCAACUACGAUGCGGGCGAUUACCUGAGUGUCCAAUGCCGGCCCGGCUUCAUCCAGAUCCAGACGAAUGAAGAUCACACCACGGGGCCACCCGAACGGCCAAAAUGUCAGGCAGAUGGCAAGUGGUCAGGCCCAUUGCCCAAAUGUCGCAGCUAUGAGGAAGUGUAGCUUGUCAGCCACAACACCAAGAAUGUCAAGCAACGACUGCACGGCUCAAGGAAGAACAAGGAUUUCUAAAGGCCUGACCCGAAGCUGGAGCUGGAGCUGGAGCUGAUGUCCAUGUCCACUUUCCCUCGAGUUGGCAGUCCCAAAUGUGUAGUAUUAUGCAACCAUUAUGUGUAUACAAUUUUGUGCUAGGACAAAAUCCAAAUUCAACACGAAACAUGCAAAUUGAAAAAAUUGAAAAUAAAAGAAAACCCCGAGUGAUAUUUAGAUUAACUUAGUGAGAGGUAUCAAAAUUAAUGAAUUAAUUAUUAAAUAAACACAAGAUAUAUGAUCGAAUCUUUUCAUUGGCUCUAAUUAAACGUCGUAAAAUCACUCGCAGAUCGAACCUAACUUGCUUUUAUAUCAUAACUAUCCUAUAAACUCAAUCUUCAAAAACUACUUACUUAUUGUAAAGCUCUUCUCUAGGCCCACUGAAUAUUUCAUGAGAGAGGUUCUUAAGUGCUAGAUGAUAUGAUGAGAACUUGACAAACCUGAGCAAAAUGUAACAUAAAAUAUAAAUGUUAAAUGUUGAUAAACAAAGUAAAACAAAACUUUCAAUUUAUUUGUGUACUUUUGUGAGUUUCCUUAUGAACUUUUCCAAUAAUAAUAUUCGAAUCUUUCGCUUGCAUUUUAUAAAGAAAAAUAACAAAAUCAAAGAAUGCUAAUAUAUAUACACUUAUAAUCGACAGUUAAUUACAGGUAUUCAAAGUGAAUGUGUAAGCGCAGACGAAUUCGUAGUUAAUACUCUUAUAAUAUACUCUUAUACUUAUACUCAUCUGUACUUAUGUAAAGCUCAAAACUGAUGUAAGAGUCGCAGAGUUAAAAGUUGAUUGAUUGGUUAGUUAGUUAGGUGCAGAGCAGUUCCAAAAAUGCAAACGAAUGUCAUAUCUCCCACUACGAUAAGUAAUACUUCUAUAUAAAUAUAUAUAUUUACGUAAAAGAAAAAACCCGAUACUACAAAUAUAUGUGUAUGUAUAACGAGCAUGUGUAUGUAAGAGUCAAGUCGAGUCGAGUCGAGUCUGUAAGCAGCUGCAAACAGUUGAGAAUGAACUAACUUUUAAAUAAAAAUCGUAUAAAUUAUAUAUACACACAUUCCGUGUGUGUAAAUUGCAAUUUGAAA